UGGACAAGGUCGCGCAAGACGCGCAUAGCCGCCUAGCUGUCUCCACAACAAACGUACGGAUAUCAGAAACGGUUACACCUCAAUGGAAAAAACAGCACAGUAGACUAGACCAUUUGCGACCGUGCAUGUAUAACGGACAGUCAAUAUAUCGCAUAAUAAAAACACAUAUAAGUAGGCUAUUCUCUCGGUCUUCCUCGCGCUUGCCAGAAACCACCAUGUCGCUGUAUCCAUCAUUGGAGGACAUGAAGGUGGAUCAAUUUAUACAGGCUCGAAGUAGUACUUACUCCGCCAGUCCAAGCAAGACACCUGCUCUACUUGCUGUACAGGAUGCUCCAAAUCCAAAUCCUGUGGAGGAAGAAACAGGACUCUACCCCAAACUGUACCCUGAGCUCUCAGAGUUCAUGGGGCUGAACCUCAGUGAGGAUGCACUUCGCCAGGCGCUGUCCAUGGUACCAGCAGAAGACUACUCUGGGGCAGUGGCUCCCAGGACUUCCGCUCUGAGCUACAUGAGCGCUCCGGUCACAGGGAAUGACUGUGGCAUCCGCAGGGCUGAGAUACGACAAGGCAUCAGGGAGGUCAUCCUCUGCAAGGACAGCGACGGCAAGAUCGGACUGCGCCUCAAAUCUGUGGACAAUGGUGUGUUUGUUCAGCUGGUACAGGCGAACACUGCCGCGGCAUUGGGAGGCCUGCGCUUUGGAGAUCAGGUGCUGCAGAUAAACGGGGAGAACUGCGCUGGGUGGAGCACGGACAAGGCCCACAAGGUGCUGAAGAACGCCAGCGCCGAGAGGAUAGCCUUUGUGGUACGGGACAGACCAUUUGAGCGCACCAUCACCCUGCACAAAGACAUCAACGGCCAAUUGGGUUUCAUCUUUAAGAAGGGGAAGAUCACCUUUAUCGUGAAGGACAGUUCUGCUGCCCGCAACGGCCUCCUGACUGAUCACCACAUUUGUGAAGUCAAUGGGCAGAAUGUCAUUGGACUUAAGGAUCCCCAGAUUACAGACAUCUUGAACUCCGCUGGUGGAGUGAUAACUGUCACGGUGACACCCACUAUCAUCUUUGAGCACAUGACGAAAAAGAUGUCUUCCAGCAUUGUGAAGAGCCUAAUGGAUCACUCUAUCCCGGAGGUGUGAGGGCGGCAGUCAUGUGAUGGGAAAUGAAGAGGAGUACCAAUAACGUUAUAUGAAUUGAUGAGAAAUGAUGAUUCUGCUGAGUUGUGCUCAUGACCCCAUGUCUCCACGCUGCAUCCUGCGUUCGUGAAACAGACCAGUCACAUGUGCAUCUUUAUGCCAUUACUUCAAUCAAAACCCAUAACCAUGUUUCUGCGAUUAAAAAAGUCAAGUGUGUAAAAUCAUCUCUGUACAGUAUGUUUGUUUCAAGCUCUAAAAGAAGUCCGUAUGGAUUCAGAUGUCGAUUCCUGCAGCGCUAGAGGAGUUAUGGUUUUGAAUUACCCCACAAAUUCAGGUUAACAGAUUUGAUUUUAUAGGGUCCUGAGCAAUAGACCCCCGUCUUGCCCAAUGGGCUAAAGCUCCAUUGUAGCCAGUCUUUGGAUUGAAUGAUACCUUGAGCUCAUCAAUGAACAAAUCUCAUACCCUCCUUUUUUUGUCCGUGGAAAUGACUUUACUCUUCUAUGACUUUGUAGUCAAGUGACACAAUCUAUCUUCUUCUGUACUUUGAAUUACCCGUAUUUUUUUGCCCUCUUCUAUUGUAUACGUUUGAAAUGUUUCACACGUAUGCCUUCUAGUACAUGUUGUAAGCUUUAAGAACAAACUAUUUACCUGAGAAAGUGAAAAUGCUUGGGUGUUUGAAGGUAUCCUAACAUAAUAAUAUUCAAAACCAGCCCACAAUAAUAUGUAGAUACUAUAAUUUAGUUUAAUCUCAACUGUAUGUCAUUUCUAUCAAUCCAUUCCUGCAUAUAUUGGUGGGUUAAAAUGCCCUGCAUGAUCAUCAACGUCAUUUUCGCACAAAAUACACAAUUGUGUUUUACUAUUGACAGCUUUCCAGUGUUAAUUAAAUAAAGCCAUACAAACGUU